CUCCUCGUGCUCUGUAGUGUUGCCUUCGCCCCGGAAGUAGUUGCGCAGCUGGGGUUGGUAAGGUCGGGCCAUGGUGGGGCAGAGGUUGGGAAGAUGGCGUGGCGAGGCUGGGCGCAGAGAGGCUGGGGCUGCGGCCACGCGUGGGCUGCGUCGGCGGGCGGCCGCAGCUGCGAGGAGCUCACUGCGGCCCUAACCCCGCCGCGGCUGCUCGGACGCAGGUUUAACUUCUUUAUUCAACAAAAAUGCGGAUUCAGAAAAGCACCCAGGAAGGUUGAACCUCGAAGAUCAGACACAGGGACAAGUGGUGAAGCAUACAAGAGAAGUGCUUUGAUUCCUCCUGUGGAAGAAACAGUCUUUUAUCCUUCUCCCUAUCCUAUAAGGAGUCUCAUAAAACCUUUAUUUUUUACUGUUGGGUUUACAGGCUGUGCAUUUGGAUCAGCUGCUAUUUGGCAAUAUGAAUCACUGAAAUCCAGGGUCCAGAGUUAUUUUGAUGGUAUAAAAGCUGAUUGGUUGGAUAGCAUAAGACCACAAAAAGAAGGAGACUUCAGAAAGGAGAUUAACAAGUGGUGGAAUAACCUAAGUGAUGGCCAGCGGACUGUGACAGGUAUUAUAGCUGCAAAUGUCCUUGUAUUCUGUUUAUGGAGAGUACCUUCUCUGCAGCGGACAAUGAUCAGAUAUUUCACAUCGAAUCCAGCCUCAAAGGUCCUUUGUUCUCCAAUGUUGCUGUCAACAUUCAGUCAUUUCUCCUUAUUUCACAUGGCAGCAAAUAUGUAUGUUUUGUGGAGCUUCUCUUCCAGCAUAGUGAACAUUCUGGGUCAAGAGCAGUUCAUGGCAGUGUACCUAUCUGCAGGUGUUAUUUCCAAUUUUGUCAGUUACGUGGGUAAAGUUGCCACAGGAAGAUAUGGACCAUCACUUGGUGCAUCUGGCGCCAUCAUGACAGUCCUCGCAGCCGUCUGCACUAAGAUCCCAGAAGGGAGGCUUGCCAUUAUUUUCCUUCCGAUGUUCACGUUCACAGCAGGGAAUGCCCUGAAAGCCAUUAUUGCCAUGGAUACAGCAGGAAUGAUCCUGGGAUGGAAAUUUUUUGAUCAUGCGGCACAUCUUGGGGGAGCUCUUUUUGGAAUAUGGUAUGUUACUUACGGUCAUGAACUGAUCUGGAAGAACAGGGAGCCUCUAGUGAAAAUGUGGCAUGAAAUAAGGACUAAUGGCCCCAAAAAAGGAGGUGGCUCUAAGUAAAACUGGGAUUGGACAGUAGGGGUGCAUCUGGUCUGUGCUGCCUGAGAGCCCCAGGAGACGUCGGCCCUAGAGUGACCACGGCUAUGCUCCUGCCUGGAAGAUGCCGGCAUCUGGCCUCCCAGUGUUCUCAGCUGUGUCCUCCAGUCUGCGUCUUUUUAGAAUGUGAAUGAUGAUAAAGUUGUGAAAUAAAGGUUUCUAUCUAGUUUGUAA